UCUUUUUAACUACAUACUUCGAUAUUGCCGCACACUGACCUUUUCGACAAAGCGUGCAGCACUUGUAAGGUUAAACUGUUUACUGCUUUGUAAUAACAGUCAACAUGAUAACACAGCUGCGGAAACAUCUCGUGCUGCUGGUGGUCCUCCAGCAAGCCACAGAGAUAUUAUCUUUUUCUCUGCCAAAAGGUAACGUUCGCAACAAAGCGUCUGACUCUUGAAGGCGCGAGGUUGAGGCGGAAGUUGCAUGUUAACGUAAACUUGCAUAUCUCACAUGAUUGCAGAUUUUAUCUUUUCUUACUCAGCUUUCGGCGAUGAAGUCUCUUGGGUUGACGAGGCAUUGGUGCCCUUGAUGUCCGGAUCGUGUAAAGGAACUCACGCAGUGCUGGUGGUUGACGACGAGAGCCAGCACUUGGCUCACCUAGAACAAGUCUUGGCCAGUGUGGAGGACACACUUCUCUCCACACAAAUUAUGCGGCAGCAAACACUCCUCGAGCUGCGUUUGCCAUCUUAUCAUGUGAGAGGAGAUUUUGUGACUGCGGUUCUAAUUUUUCAAAAGCACCCUGAUUCUUUUUUGUUACAACUUCAUUUCAACGCAGACUGGAAUCCUAAGUACCUUAUUCUCAUUAGUCUAAACAAGCAGCUCAACGUUACCAGCUUGCUCACCACUCCGGUCAUACAACGAUCAGAGUUCAUCUUUCUUCUUCAAACCUCCGGGAAAAGAAACAAACUUCUAAUUACUGCCUACACAAGCUUUCCUUUACAAGCUAACUCGCUAGGAAAACAGCUGGUCAAAGCAUCGCUAGGAAGUUGGAAACCAGAUCGAUUUGCAACACGAGAAUCAGUCUUUCCAAAGAGAUUUGAGAACUUUGGAGGCCACGUGCUCCAGCUGUCAACAUGGUGCGACGACACUCCCUUCAUGUACCAGAACGAGAAUGGUGUAUGCAUUGGGCAGAGCCUGGAUGCACUCGAAAUCAUCGCUGACAAAUAUAACUUCACUUACGUCGUCCAGCUCAAGCCUGAGGAUGAAUUAUGGGGCUUUAUAGAGAAUGGAACGUGGGUGGGACUGAUGGGAGGACUGGAACAUGGUGGAAAGGACCUCACUAUAAAUGCUAUAGUCCUCAACUGGGAGAGAGGUCGUGAUUUUGAUUUUGUGUAUCCUUAUCAGACGGAGGGGUUUGCUUUCAUGAUCUUCCUGCCACCGCCACUGCCCAGCUGGAGGAGACUCUUGUACCCCUUCACAGGCGAGGUGUGGGGCGGCGUCCUGGCUGCUGCCCUGCUCGCCCCUUCACUGCUUGGCCUCCUGUUGCGCUGGUUUAAUCCCGUUCAAGACCACAUCAGCUUGGCUCUUAAGAUUGGUGCUGGCCUGUUGAAACAGAGUGUGAAGGUGUCAGAACUGAGGGCGUGGUGGUCGCGGGUGUGGGCGGGAUGGUGGUGGAUCACUGUCUUCAUCCUGUGCACUGCUUACACGGGAAAUCUGGUUGCCGUGUUGACAGUGCCCGCGUACCCAAAGCUGAUUACUACCGUGGAGGAGCUUGCUACUUCCAGUCUGGGAUUAAAAAUGCUUGACUAUGGUAACUUUGUGCCCGAGGCCUUGCUGGUGUCGAAGCAUAGUUCACUAGCUGUCCUGGGGAAAAAGAUGGAGCUUGAGCCUUACCAGGAGGAGGACAUGUACGGCAGCUUGACUAAAGAUGUGAAGGCAGGAACACAUGCACUGCUAGAGUCGUUCUCGUAUCUCGUUUACGUCCAGUACCUCUACAACAUGACUUACACCGCCUACAUCAUGCCGGAUAAAAUUUACUCGAGUUACCUGACGUGGUUCCUGCCUCGAAAUACUCCUUACACUCAAGUCUUCUCCCGCUCCCUCUCCCGCCUCAAGGAGACUGGCAUUAUGGCGCACCUCUCCUCCACCCAUCUGGACCUCACCAUUAAGGCGAGACCCGUGCCUCGUGGCGGGGAAUCACUGAGUCUGCCACAGCUGCAAGGACCCUUUCUGGUGUGGCUGCUGUGUUGUGCUGUGGCCUGUCUCGUUUUUGCUGUGGAAUACUUAGCUAGAGCUAUUUGAUUCUGCUUCUGUAUUACUCGUAUUGAUUUUCUCAACCGCUGAUCGAUCCGUCUCUGGUCACUGCUACCACCGUCUCCACACAAACUUUAGGCAUGGCUGGUUAAGUUGGCUAAGUUGGCAGUGACAGUAAUGGUAGUGGUGUGUGUGUGUGUGUGUGUGUACUUCUGUGUUAUAUGACCUCGUGUAAAUGACAAGAAGUACUUAAAAUUGCCAUCAGUGAAGUAAAUGGGUGUAAUCAGUUCUGAAAAUAAAGUUAUAGACUACAAGAGAAUAAAUAAGCAAAUUAAUAUGAA